CUGUGAUAAUACGAUCUUUUUUUAUUUAAUAUUUUCAGUUUUCCUCACUUUAUCCCACAAAUUUUUAUGGUUCAUGCUAAUACAAUUAAUUUUAAAAUCAAUGCUAAUGCAUUAAUUAACGGUAUAGAAAGUUAAGACAUAUUGUUAUUAGACUUUACCAGCUAUUAGCAACUUGUUUUAACAUUGUGAGUUCGUGCGUUAGUGAAGCCUCCAAAGAUGGAACAAAAGUCAGAUCAGACUAUUGAGUUAGAAACCGAAGUUAUUUUAAGAGUUCCAUCGGAAGCUGCUGCUGCGUUAAGAGAGUUAAUAAAAAAAGAUGCCAAAGAACAACUAAGUAUAAAAUUAGAGAAUGAUAUUCGCAAAGGUGAAGUAAUCAUCGGCAAUCAUCGUCUAUUUGCAAAGGUUGUUGAUUUGCCAACUAUCAUUGAAGGACAAAAAACAAUUGAUAACAAGACUGUGUAUAAAACUGCAGAUAUAUGUCAGAUGAUUAUAUGCAAAGAAAAUGAAGAAUUUUUACUGUCUGAUGAAGAUGAGAAAACAAAAGUUUUUAAAAAAAAAGAACCUAAUAAAGUUGAUAAAAAAUAUUUGUGGCCACAUGGUGUAACACCACCAUUAAAAAAUGUACGAAAACGAAGAUUUCGUAAAACUCUUAGAAAAAAAUACGUUGAAGCUCCAGAAAUUGAAAAAGAGGUGAAAUAUCUUUUAAAAAGUGAUAGUGAAGCCCUUAGUGUAAAAUGGGAAGUAGUAUCUGAAACAGAGGUUCAAAACAAUAGAAAAAUAAAAGAAGAACCUUUUAUGCAAGGUGAAAUGCAUAAUGAUCUAAAGCAAGAUAUUGCUGAAAGAGAUAUUUUUGGUGAAGCUCUAAGUGAUUCAGAUGAAGAAGCCGGUAACAUAAAUAUAAUGGAUAUGGAUGAAGAUAUGAGUAAUGACGAUAGUCGUUUCUCUGAUACUAAUUCAUUAAUGGAAGAAAAACCUUCGAUUUCUGGAUCCCAAAAGCUUGUUACAGAGUUUACUAAAGAAAUGUUUAUUUCUGAUGAUAAUUCCCAUCACGGAAUAAAAAAAGAAGAUGGAAUAGAUUCCACAUUUGAUGAAAGUAUGGGUUAUAGAGAUGAUAUAGGUGAGGAUCUUAAGUCUGAAUUAGAACUUAGCGAUGAAAGUAAACUUGGUGAGACACCUAUUUUAUCAACAUUGGUUCCAUUAGAAGCUGGAAAUGUGUCUGCUGAUGACAUAAAACAUAAAAUUGAUCAGUUACAACAAGAAAUUGAAGAACUUAAAGAACGUAAAAGACAACAAGAUUUGGAAAUUGCAAAUAUUGAAAAUAUAAAUUUAAGAGAACGUUUUAUAAGUAUAUCUAAUAAUUUACUUACUGAGCAACUAGAAAAAGAACAACAGAUUCAAGAACUUCAAUCAUUUCUUCUUUAAUUUCGAUUGAUGAUUUUGUAAGAUAAUUUUAAUUUUGGGCAAUAAUUUUACUAUUGUAAUAUUUUUUAUUUUUAGAUGGGUCUUUCAUGUUAUAAUUUAUUUAUAAAUAACCAUUUUUAAAUCUUGAUAAAAUCUGUUCAUAUUCUUAUUUGUCAAUGUAUAUAAAUAAACAAUUGUAUAUAAUUAAUAUUGAUAUUUUGUUCACCCUGAAUAAAUUAAAAUUUUUAAAUAAACACUCAGAAA